AGGUGAGGUUUGGAGAAUUGAUCGGGCCACGUCAAGAAAAGCACCCAUACGUUGUAGUGAACUAGUGCAGAGUAGACUCUCCACAAGGAUACAGAGACAGUAGGCUAUCACCUGAACUAUCAUAAACCGUAUUAAGAGAUAUCAUUUACACUCCUGUUUAUUUACAAUGGACUGCGCUUUUGAGCACUUGGAUGCUGUUGGUUUUCUGGAGAUUUGGCAACACUUUGAUGCAGACGAUAAUGGUUACAUUGAGGGGAAGGAGUUGGAUCACUUCUUCCGUCACAUGAUGACGAAAUUAAGUCCGAAGGAUAAAGUAACAGAGGAGAGGGUCCAGAGGCUGAAGCAGAGGUUCAUGUCAGCCUAUGAUGUCACCGCAGACGGACGCCUGCAGAUCCAGGAGUUGGCCGUGAUGAUCCUGCCACAGGAUGAGAACUUCCUCCUGGUGUUCCGCAGGGAAGCCCCUCUGGACAACAGUGUAGACUUUAUGAAGAUCUGGAGAAAGUAUGAUGCUGACAGCAGUGGAUACAUAUCAGCUGUGGAGCUGAAGGGUUUCCUGAAGGACUUGUUCCAGCAGCACGGGAAGGCUGUGUCCUCCAGCAAACUGGACGAGUACACAGACGCAAUGAUGAAGAUUUUUGACAAAAAUAAGGACGGUCGCUUGGAUCUGAACGAUUUGUCCAGGAUCCUGGCUCUAGAAGAGAAUUUCAUGCUACAGUUCAAAAUGGAUGCCUCCAGUCAAGAAGACAGAAAGAGAGACUUUGACAAAAUAUUCAACCACUAUGAUGUUAGUAACACCGGAGCUUUGGAAGGACCAGAGGUGGAUGGCUUUGUAAAAGACAUGAUGGAACUGGUCAGGCCCAGCAUCACUGGUCCAGAGCUGGACAAACUGAGGGCUAUGCUGCUGGGACACUGUGACGUCAACAAAGAUGGAAAGAUCCAGAGGAAUGAGCUGGCGCUGUGCCUGGGAAUGAAGCCCAAUAAGGCCUAGUCUUCCCCAUGCAGAGAAGACCUCUAACUACUGAUCAUUCCCUUCACUCUGAUACAUCCAGAACACCCAGAACGGAUCCUUCCCCUCACUCUGAUGCAUCCAGAACACCCAGAACGGAUCCUUCCCCUCACUCUGAUACAUCCAGAACACCCAGAACGGAUCCUUCCCCUCACUCUGAUACAUCCAGAACACCCAGAACGGAUCCUUCCCCUCACUGUGAUGCAUCCAGAACACCCAGAACGGAUCCUUCCCCUCACU